AGCUCCGCCGCUGUGCCCCCACUGACAGCGAGCAGCACAGUGCCUGUACUGUAUGCCCACUUAGACAUCUCCCAGCUUUUGGAUUUACUCGACUGCCGAUGGGCUAUUAUACCUUCAAACACACCCUGUUCUUCAACCUUUUGCUGCCACCAAUCAUCCUCAACUCCGGCUAUGAGCUGAAACAGGAAAACUUCUUUCGAAACUUUGGCUCAAUCUUGACCUUCGCAUUCCUCGGGACCUUCAUAUCGGCGGUCGGUGUCGGCGUGCUGGUGUACAUCUACUCUUUCUUAGGCCUCGAAUCUCUUGAAGUCGGGCUGAUAGAAUGCCUAAUAUUCGGUUCAACGCUAUCCGCGACGGAUCCGGUCACUAUUCUUGCCAUCUUCAACCAGUACAAGGUUGACCCCAAGCUGUACACUGUCAUUUUCGGCGAGAGUCUGCUGAAUGAUGCAGUCAGUAUUGUCAUGUAUGAGACACUGACUCAAUUUCACGGAACGGAGAUCUACGUCUCAUCCCUUUUCCACGGGAUCGGUAUCUUCUUGCUGUCCUUCAGUGUCUCAAUGGCACUCGGCGUCGUCUUCGGUCUCGGAAUGUCGCUCAUCCUGAAACACUCGUCCCUAAUGCUGUAUCCCUCGAUCGAGUCGUGCCUCGUCGCACUCUCCGCCUACACGUGCUACUUCUUCUCGAACGGCAUGUCCAUGUCCGGCAUUGUGUCGCUGCUAUUCUGCGGCAUUACGCUGAAGCACUACGCCUACCACACCAUGUCGCGGCGGACCCAGCGCGCGACGAAGUACAUCUUCUCGACGCUCGCGCAGCUCUCCGAGAACUUCAUCUUCAUCUACCUCGGGCUGUCGCUCUUCACGAGCCCGCCGUCGUCAGAGAAGGUCACGAACUACGUCAAGCCACUGUUCAUCACGAUCACGACGGUCGCGGUGGUCUUCACGCGCUACGCGGCGGUCUUCCCCUUGUCCGAGGCGAUUAACCUUUUCCAUCGGCACGUUCGUGGGCAACGUCAGGAAGAGCUCCCGCAUUCGUACCAGAUGAUGCUCUUCUGGGCAGGCCUCCGCGGUGCAGUCGGUGUGGCGCUUGCGGCUGGGUUCAAAGGCGACAACGCACAGACAUUACGAACCACUGUUCUUGUCGUGGUGGUGCUUACCGUAGUUGUCUUCGGUGGCACUACGGCGCGGAUGUUGGAGGUUCUGGGCAUCCGAACAGGGGUGGAGGACGAAGAGGCCAGCAGUGAUGACGACGAAGACUUCCCACUUGGCCGGACUGGGUGGUACAACAGGCGCAGCUCCCGGUGGAACACCUUCGAGGAAGACACCAGUGUGUUCGCGACGCAGCAGGCAGGGCUCUUCCACAGCCCGCGCCUCUACAACCACCAGAUCCAGAACACGCCCCUCCCCAAUAGCAACAACAAUAUCUUCUCCGCGGCAUCUUCCGAUUCACUGGAGUCGGAUGCUGAGGUUCUCCCACUGGCGAUGGCGCCGACGAACGGCGCGGCGUCUCCGGGUGGACGACGCAAGUCGCGCGAGGGCCCACCAGUCGCUGGGCCGUCCAGCGGAGGGGUGGAUGAUGGGAAAUGGUUCCAACAGUUGGACGAGCGGUACCUGCUCCCGCUCUUCUCGAACGCAACCGCGAGCCGCGUGUGGCAUGCGCGGAAGGGUCGACGGACGUCUGGCAUGAGCACGACCAACGGGACGCGACUGGGCACGCCUGUCGAGUCCGACGAAGAAGCGGAUGACAGACCGGAGGUCGACUUGACGGCCGCGGCGACUCGCGCGGCGAACGCUGGCGCGGAACCAGCACGCAGCCAAUCCGUUAUCGACAUCGACCAGAGCCGGAUCGAGCGAGGGCUUGCGAGCCCCAUGCUGCGAAGAGACAGCGAGGGCCAAAACCGCGAUCGGGAGUCGUAGAGCAUUCUAGUGCGUCGUGUCUUGUUGUCUUAUCUUAUUCUUUUGUGCUUUGGUUUG